AUGCCAGUAGAAGACUGUCAUCAUGAAGUAUACCAAGUUGAGGACUUGGCAGAUGACACUCCACCUCCAGGCGCCAGUGUGUCAGAUGAAGAUUGUGCUGAUGACCCUGAAAAAGAUCCUGAUUACAACAACAACCUUGAUGUAUUAUUCUCUUCAGACUCCUCAGGGACAAAAGAGAUAUCCGCGAUUGAUCCUACUACUGACACUCCAUUUGCUGAAGAUCUCUUGGACAUGAACAAGAUCUCUCGGGAUGAACAAGCAAUCAAUGAAAGCAAUAUUGAUAAUGGAGAAGAAUCACAAUUUGUAGAUACAAGCCAUGAGGAUCCCAGUAUUAGCUUCAAUAAAAAUGCAACAGACUCGAGUGAAAGCUGCCAAUUAUUACCACAAACUUUUGAGGAACCAAGGGCUCAAGGAAUUUCUGAGAACAAAGAUGAAAAUGACGAGUUGAAUCCAGGUAAAAAUUGCAAGAAACGAGUUCGCAAACCAGACACAUGGAAAGACAAUUUGAAGAAGAUGAAGAGGAACAGUGGACAGUCUUAUACAACCAAAGGAGGUCCAUGAAUGUCUCGUGAACAUGUGAACAUGAAUGUGUGUCGAUGCUGAGAUGCCUCUGAAUCGAUGGCAGUCCUAGAAGCUUGGGGUAUGCUGUCUCCUGUCCAUCUGGACGUGUAGAGCUCAAUCACC